AGACACCACAAAGCUCAUACCCAAACACUUGCAACCUUCACACUCGCACCCACCACUACCAAGCCCCCGACCUCAUGAGGCUCAACGGAGCUAUUCAAAGCCGAAAUCGAAGCUCGAGGCUCCUAUCACACUCGCCAGACACGUCGACGGAAGAAGCUGUGGGGGCCUGACGAUACUCCGGGAAAUUUUCAGCCCGUAAGGGAGGUCCAUAGAAUUUAACCAUUCACCGCCUCCCCCCAAGCAAAUCCCCCGUCGCAAAGAGAACCGCAGAAGAUCAAGGAAAUUUUUUACGUGGUGUUAAGGAGUCAGCGAGCGACAACCCCAGCCUUCCUCUCCAUCCUUCCAUUCCCCCCCUCCUCCCCAUCUUCCACGCUUCACAUACACGACGAUAACAUUAACAAUGCCGACAACCAACGGCAGUAGUCAAGCCAUGUCGCGCUCCACCACCACCAACGAAAACAUCUUUCUCUUCAUCCCCAACCUAAUCGGCUACUCGCGCAUCGCCCUCGCCGGCUGUUCCUUAUACUUUAUGUCCUACCACCCGCACUACUGCACACUCCUGUACACGCUCUCCUGCCUCCUCGACGCGCUCGAUGGUUGGGCCGCCCGGCGGUUUAACCAGAGCACAAAGUUCGGAGCGGUACUCGACAUGGUAACGGAUAGGUGCACCACCGCAUGCCUCCUCUGCUUCCUUAGUAGCGCAUACACCAAAUGGGCGAUUCUCUUCCAGGGGUUGAUAUCCCUGGACCUGGCGAGCCAUUACAUGCACAUGUAUGCCUCAUUAGAGAGGGGCGCCGGGUCGCACAAAAAAGUUGAGAAGAAAAUGAGCCGGGUUUUGAACCUGUAUUAUUCUAAUAAUAAAAUACUCUUCACCUUCUGUGCUGCGAACGAAUUGUUCUUUCUCAGCAUGUACCUUCUCUCCUUCCCGCAAUUCUCCAUCGUCGGAAACACCUGGAGUUGGCCGUGGGUAGUCGCGGCCAUGACCUUCCCCAUUUGUGCUGCUAAGCAGUGGAUCAACGUUGUCCAGAUGGUCAAGGCUGCAGGUUCACUCGCGGAGGGUGAUAUGGAGCUAAGGUCUCAAGCAAAGAAACAAAAUUAGUUAGCCCGCCGGUCGGUCGAUUGAGCAUGAUAUAGUAUCCAGGGGCAGAGGGAAACAGCAUAAGGGCGUUCGUUGGUUGUCACGGGAUUCUGGGGGUGGGGGUUUUUCUAAUAUUUUUUUUUCCAUAUAAUAUUAUCUAUUUUUAACCUUCCUUAAUUCCUAAUCUAUGAUGAUUCCCCC